AUGGGUUCUGAUGAUGAGUUUGCCGGUGGUCCUGCUUGGCCUUCUGCAUCUGCUUCUUUGGAACGGGGAGGGGGAGGGGACGCGGGGGUGGGGGUGGAGGUUGGGGGAAGGGAAGACGAGGAGGGGGAGGAGACGCGGGGUGGGGAUGGGGGUUGGGGAGGGGGAGGGGACCCGGGGGUGGGAGUGGAGGUUGGGGGGAGGGAAGACGGGGAGGGGAAAAGGGGGAAGGGGGACGGCAGCGGCGGCGUUGGUGGUGGUUGUGGUGCUGGUGGUGCUGUGGGUGGAAGCUGUGGCAGUGGUGUUGGUGUUGGUGGUGGUGGUGGUGGAGCAUGUAAUUGUGUUGGUUGUGGUGAGGGAGCCACAGCAGCAGUAUACAGAGACCCUAACGGAUCCCUUCUCGCAGGAAUCAACUCCACAAUAGUCACCACUUCGCCAUUAGCUGCGGAAGUAUUAGCGGUUAAGGAAACUCUUAUUAUGUCCAGAAAUUUUCAGAUGGAGAAGGUUAUCAUAGAAUCAGAUAAUCAUAUACUGGUUCAAGCUUUAAAAUCACAUGCAUCAAUAGCAGUCAUUCAGGUUAUACUAGAUGACAUAUUGUAUUCAGUAAAAGGCAUGUCUAAUUGUGGUUUUACCUGGGCACCCAGAGAAACAAACUUAUUAGCGCAUGAAGUCGCCAAGCUCACAGUUGUAUCUGUGACAUUCGGAAGUGACUUGAAGGAGAAAGGGAGAAUUAGAACCAGUGUUGUGAAGGAGAGUAGAGGCACCACCGGCGGGAAAGAAGAUUCUAUCCGCAGUGGAAGAUGA